AUGGCAGAGAAGACUAUGUCCGACAAGUCCCCUGAGCAACUUAUGUCAGGAGAACAGAGCCUGCAACCGGUACUAUCUUACCGCCACGGCGAAAUGGUUACUUUCACCGGGAUCGAUGAAGCUCUCUUCAAAAAGAUGGAGCUUGUCAACGACGCGAUCGAUACGAUUGGGUUUACGCCUUUUCAUGUCAAGAUGUUCUGUCUAAGCGGGUUUGGAUACGCCGCCGACUCCUUGCUCGCAUUUCUGCCCAGCAUGACCAACUCCUACGUUGUAGCCGAGUUCACGCCAUCGUACAAAAGGGCUGGCCAGCUUUCUCUGUACAUCGGUCUCCUGGCUGGCGCUCUCGUCUGGGGGUCCAGUGCUGAUAUAAUUGGUCGAAAAUGGGCCUUCAAUUUGUCAUUGUUCUUUACCGCCAUCUUUGCCACGGUCGCUGGAGGCUCUCCCAAUUAUGCCUCGUGGGGAGUCUUCAACGCACUUCUGGGGUUCGGAGCAGGUGGUAAUCUGGCGCUCGACACGACAGUCUUGCUUGAGUUCCUGCCACACAAGCAGGGUUGGAUCAUAACUCUCAUGGCUGCCUGGUGGGGAGUUGGCCAGACCAUUGCAGGAUUCAUUGCUUGGGGUUUCUUGCCAAACUUCAGCUGGUCGUUGACAGCCCCCACCUGCACCAAACCCGAGAAUAUGGGCUGGCGAUAUGUCUACAUCACGGCUGGUGCCCUGGUAUUAGUCAUGAGCGUUGCACGAGUGACGGUGAUUCGGUUUAAGGAGACUCCAAAAUACUCGCUCUGUCGCAACGAUGACGAGAAAGUUGUUGAAGUCCUGGACGGCAUCGCCACGAAGUACAAACGCCAAUUUUCGUUGACGAUUGCGGAAUUGCAGGAAUGUGGUCAGGUUCGAAGCACUCAUGCGAGCUCCAAGGCUUCCCUCAGCGAGGUGUUUCUGCACAUCAAAGGACUGUUCCUGACGAAGAAAGAAGGUCUGUCGACAAGUCUAGUCCUCCUCUCCUGGGCCAUCAUAGGACUGGCCUACCCACUCUUUUACAUUUUCCUGCCCGAUUACCUAUCGAGUCGCGGUGCAGAGUUUGGUGAAAGCUCUGCUUUCAUUACAUGGCGCAACUAUGUUAUAACCAACACGCUGGCCAUACCAGGACCUAUGAUCGCAGCCUGUCUGUGCAGAAUCCCGCUCAUUGGACGCAGAUAUACUAUGGUGAUCGUGACUUUCCUCCUCGCGUACACCGCCGUCCGAAAUGAUGCACAGAAUCUAGGGUUCUCUUGUGCCGUCAGCGUGGCAAUUAACAUUUAUUACGGCACCUUAUACGCCUACACUCCGGAGGUUCUUCCAUCAGCGCAUCGUGCGACGGGCAGUGGCAUCUCUCUAGCAUUGAAUCGAUUCAUGGGAAUCGUCUCAGUAAUUGUGGCUACGUUUGCAAGCACCACAACUGAUGUCCCAGUGUACCUGUGUGGUGCCUUAUUUGGAGCACUAGCGAUUGCUGCUGUACUGUUCCCAUAUGAGCCUGCAAAGUCUCGGGCUGAGUAA